GAAUUCAGCCAUCCCAAAUUCCUCCGCGCACGCCCAGACCUGUUGGACGCCAUCAAACGCAAAGCUCUUGAGCCUGAUCCUCGCGAACGUGGCCGUCGCUCGUCUCCUAAAUGACAUGCGAGACGAGAACAAGGCCCUCUGGCGCGAGAUCUCACGUCUAGGCGGACGCGUCCCUUCUCACAUCGCUAACACCCUCUCCCAAUCUGCUAGUACCUCCCCCCCGAAAUUACAUAUCGGGGGAGAUGAUGAUGAUGAAGAUGGCAGUGAGGAGGGAUUUUCGUUCAAUGUCAUGGCACCUGGUUUCAGUAUGGGGAUGGGUGGAGGAGGCGAAGCUUGGAUGAAUUGGGCAGGUGCCGAGAUGCGCCGUGAACGACGGAAAGUGGAGAAAUUGACCGGGAUCGUAAGGACCCUAUGCGAUACGAUCGGAUCUGUAUCACCAACGCUAAUCCAAGAACUCAACGCCCUGAACGCCCCAAGCCCCUCCCCCUCCCCAGUCCCUCCAAGCCCGAUUCCAAGCGAUCACAGCCCCAACAUCUACAUCACCUCAGCCCCUUCUCCAUCCCCCUCACACGCACACUCCCCCUCCCAUUCGCACUCAUCUCAGGGUCAUGGCCACAGCCAUCACCCCUCAGUCCCAAUGCUCAGCAUCCCCCAGUACGCCCUGCACACAUCAACUCCCUCUCCCACCUCCAGCGAGUUCUCUGCCUUUGGUCGACAUGGACACGGGCGCCAGCCUAGUAUCACCCUGACGCCCACUCCUGAUGUAGAUGCACACGGCAUGCGAGAGGGAGGAGGAAGGGAGAAGAGGCAGAGAAGGACGGGGAGUGUCGUUAGUGUGGGCAGUGUUGGGUCUUCGAUGGGCGGCGGAUCUCCGAUGGUUUCUCCUAUGGUGGGAGGGUCUGUCUCUGGACUUGGCGGUGCUUCGAUGGGGGGAGAAGAUGAUGUUGAGGGGGAGAUGAGUUUGAGUUUGGAUUUGGAUAUGGACGUUGGUGGGAGUGGUGGUGAGAAGCAGCAGCAGCAGCAACAUCAAAGAGCGAGGAGCGAUUCGGCGCCCACGUGGGUUACGGGUCAGAAUGCUGGUACUAGUGCUGGUGGGGGUGUUGGCGUUGGUGGACUUACUGCGAAUUGGGGGCGACCGAGGAGCGGGAGCGGGUAUGGGAGGUGAUCGACGACGGGGAUUCAUGCCUGGUGUUUGAAAGUGUCGCGCUUUUUUCUUUCUUUGAUCUGCUUUUACUGUUACUUGUCUCCG